UCAUUGCUUGACCUCUUUCCCCCUUUCCUUCUUGCGGUGCCUAAGAAGAAGACGUCACAUUCGCGGAAACGCAUGCGUAGCGCAAAUAAGGGCCUGAAGGAUAAGCUGAAUCUCGUUCACUGUCCGGCUUGCGGUACACCUAAGCUUGCACACAAUCUCUGCCCGAAUUGCUAUUCUCAGUUAAGUCGAGGCUGGAAGCAACAGAUGAAG